AUUAUUUCAUCAUAUUUCCCUUCAGUGCUGCAACUGUGUGGCCUGGUGACCUUUGCUCAUUUUAACUCCUUUGAAGAAGAAUAUCGGUAAUUAGGGUUUGAACGAGGGCUCGUAGUGUGCACUAAUCACUGCUGCAGAAGCAGAAGCGCUUCAGCAAAAGAUGGAGACCGCUGCCAACACUUCACAAUUCAAGAUAAUCUUGGGAUCAUCUUCAGUUCACCGACAGAAAGUAUUAUCUGAGAUGGGAUAUAACUUCACAGUCAUGACUGCAGACAUAGAUGAGAGAAGUAUUAGAAAAGAAAAGCCAGAAGAGUUGGUAGUGGCCCUUGCAGAGGCGAAGAACUUCUCCACUGUCUGUCAAUUUGGAUAUAAAGUUGGCUCUCACCCUACAGUAUGGGAUUUUUAUCAGGCAGAAGCCAUCAUACCAAAGCUUCCCAUUGGUCAUUUCCAGAAGGAUGCCGAAGCAUCAGUUUUAGUUACUUGUGAUCAGGUGGUUGUAUUUGAGGGUACAAUAAGGGAAAAGCCAUCAAGCAAGGAAGAAGCACGCCAAUUCAUCAAAGAUUAUUCUGGUGGGAGUGCGGCAACAGUGAGUUCUGUUCUUGUUACUAAUCUCAGAACUGGCUUUAGGAAAGGAGACUUGGACAAAGUGGAGAUCUAUUUCCAUGCCAUACCAGAUCAAGUCAUUGAUAACCUGAUUGAGGAGGAGAUGAUUCUCAAUGUUGCUGGGGGUUUGAUAACAGAACAUCCUUUGAUGCUACCUUACAUUAAACAAGUGGUAGGAACAAUGGACAGCGUGAUGGGACUCCCCAAAGCUCUUACGGAGAGGCUGAUUGUGGAGGCUCUCUAAAAUUAUAACAUGUAAUUUUAUUCCAUAAAUAUCUGUACCUGCUGUUAUAUUGAAUCCUCUUUGUAUACGUACAUGACCUUUUUCAUUUUAAUUCACAGCCAUUUGGUUUCUGGAAAAUAAUUAAUGACCAAUUAUCUUUUUUUGUUA